CCUCCCCGGAGCAGAAGCAGGGCAGCCCGGCGGCGGUGGUCGGCGGCGAGCGUGGAGCCUUCUCCCGGGAGCCAAGGUUUCUGUUUUUAAAAGAAGAUGGCUCCGUUGCCAGCGAAUGACAGUUUAAACGAAAACAGUGAUCCUUUCCUGUUACCUUCCACCUCUGUCAGCUCUCUGACCGUCUUCUCCAUCACCUUCCUCUUGGGCUUUCCCGGAAACAGCCUGGUCAUCUGGGUGAUUGCCCUGAAGAUGAAGCAAACGGUGAACACAGUUUGGUUCCUCCACCUGGCAAUUGCUGACCUUGUCUGUUGCCUCUCUCUGCCUUUCUCCAUUGCUCAACUGGCUCUCCAUGAGAGUUGGCCAUUUGGCUGGUUUCUCUGCAAGAUUAUCCCCUCAGCCAUUAUUUUCAACAUGUUUGCCAGCAUCUUCCUCCUCACCACCAUCAGUAUUGACAGGUGUCUCCUGGUGAUGAAACCUGUCUGGUGUCAGAACCACCGGACAGUAAGGUUUGCAUCCAUGAUAUGUGGUGGGAUCUGGAUCCUCGCCUUCAUUAUGUGUUGUCCUGCCUUCUUCUACCGGGAGACCAUGGAGGAUGAAUUUGGCAAUAUCAGGUGUGUCAACAAUUGGAACAUGGGGAAGCAUGAUGAGUCUGAGUGGUUGGAUGAUCUAAUAGAGGAGACGAUUCCCACCAAACAUCCCACCCUGGAGGCCGAAGGCAUCUAUGGGGGCAUCUUCACAGGUGGGAUUCCGGAUCUGCACCCUACCUACACCAUUGUAAAUGCAACCAAAAGAAAUGCAGCUGUGCCUUUGGGUGUAUACCAUGGAAUCAAGAUGGAGCCGGAUUCCUUGAUGACAGCUGUUUCCCACCCUCCUUCCACUCUGCAUGACUAUUCCAGAAUCCGUGCAAGUACGCCUACGGCCAGUAUUUCUCAGUUAGAUGACCCAUCUGCUAGCGAUCGUGCAAUGGAAAUCCAAGAUUAUCUCCCCGAAGCCCAACCACCGGAUGCCCUCGUGUCCGUCACCAUCAUCAGAACUGUUUUUGGUUUCCUGCUUCCUUUUGCAGUCAUGGUGACUUCCUAUACUCUCAUUGCACAGAAGAUGCUCAAAAAACACAUUGUGGGGCCUCGCAGGAAGGCUCUGCAGGUGAUCCUGCUGGUGGUAGCCACUUUUUUCCUCUGCUGGGCCCCCUACCACAUCAGUGGGGUGCUGCUCCUCCUGGCUCCCCCCCAGACAUCAUUUCACCAGGCCCUGCUUUUGUGGGACAGUGUGUUCAUCGCCCUCGCUUAUGCCAACAGCUGCAUCAACCCUCUUCUUUAUGUCUUCAUGGGGCAAAAUUUCAGGGAAAAGGUCUGCCAGACGGUGCAAGAGAUCUUCGAGGUGGCCUUUGUUGAACCCUCCUCGCCAGUCUGUUCCCAGGACAAAAGCAAGACGACUACAGUCGACAAUGACACGGUCCUCUAAGGUAGAUCUUCCGGG